AAAAAACAACAACAAUGGGUUACUAUUCCUUCCACUGACACCAGCAAUGGGUCACUAUUGGUGAAUGGAUUGUGAUCUUUGUGCGCUGGUCAAAGUGAUUAGGAUCUGAUGAAGUCACGUGACGUGACGAUACAUGUAAGGAAUUAGGUACCCAUGUGACCGGAAGUGACAUCCGUCCAUGCUACAGCUACACCAGACCUAGGAUUGCUGUUUUAAAUCGUUUUUUUUUGCUUUUUGUAAGCCUUUUUUAAAUAAAUAUUUUGGCUUAACGUGCUUCACGAUUUUGGGAAUCUUUACUUUCUUUCCUGGAUUGGACCUGUGGACAACCUGUGGACGUUUGGAGGCAUCCAUUUUCUUGAAGACCAGCCUGGUUCACAACAAACACCCAUACAAGCUGACACGCUGUUUGGGAGAGGACUACAAUACAUCACUCUGAGCUACUGCCCUGUUGGGCUAAGAUCUAUACUCAUGGCCCGGUUCAUCUAUAAAGUUGGUUUUGCAUCCUCAUUGCUGCUUAUUGGUCUCUGGUUCCUCUUUCUGGAUCUAUAUUGGCAUACCACUAAUGUUGACACCAAAUUACAGAGUGGUUAUCAGGUUGUCAUACCCAGGCAAUAUAAGGUCCACACAGAGAGGAAUACAGAUUUACUUCAUACAAAUAUUACAGAGAAAUUGACAACUGUGAAGAAUACUCCUUGGGUACCACCUGUCUUUGACAUUCUUAAAAAAAAGAAUGAGAGGUUAAUGGGAAGAAAACCUGGGUCCAAGCUGUGGCCUAAAGAGAUGACAUCAAAUGACCUUGUACUGAGAUUGAAACGUGUGAGGAAUAAUUACCAAAAACUGAACAAGUACAAAGUUAAAUUUAAAGGACAUAUUAAGCAGAAUAACAGUGCAGCAGAAAUCCUAUGCCAUCUUAAGAACAGGGUAAACAUGUCACCGCUUAUGGCCUCUGAUCUCCCUCCUACUGCCACUUCCUGGAGCCAAUACUUGCCCAAGAAGAGUCUUCAAGAAGAAGUUGGAAAGCUUGGGCGUUGUGCUGUCGUAAUAUCAGCAGGGUCUAUGAAAUCCUCAAGACUCGGGCAGGAGAUUGACUCCCAUGAUGCUGUUCUAAGAUUCAACAAAGCUCCCACAAAUGGAUUUGAGAUUGAUGUUGGAUCAAAAACUACAAUUCGUCUGAUCAAUUCACAGAUUAUCACUCUUCCCAGUUAUAAAUUCCUGAAUGAUCCCCUUUAUAAAAAAGGAAUAUUGGUUUUGUGGGAUCCAGCACCAUAUGAAGCAGAUGUACAUCAGUGGUAUGCAAAACCAGAAUAUCAAUUCUUUGACCGCUACAGUCAAUACCGCAAGCAGAACCCUAAUCAGACAUUUUAUAUCCUGAAUCCAAAGACCACCUGGCAACUGUGGGAUAUAGUACAGGAGAACGCACCGGAGAACAUUCAACCAGAUCCACCUUCUUCAGGGUCACUGGGAAUAUUGUUGAUGAUGAACCUCUGCGAUGAAGUCAAUGUUUAUGAGUUUCUCCCAUCCACUCGGCAAAGUGACCUGUGCUACUAUUAUGAAAAGUACUAUGACCUUGCUUGCACAGUUGGGGGAUACCAUCCUCUAAUGUACGAGAAGAAUUUAGUGAUGAAGCUUAAUCGGGGAGAUAUGAACACCAUUCACAGGUAUGGGAAGGCGACAUUGCCAGGUAUCAAGAACUUGAAAUGCUAACCACUAUAUAAGGUUUUCACAGGUGAAAAUAAAGACACUUAUACAAUUAAA